UUUCUCUUUCAAUCUUCAAAUCAAAAGACUUUGAGAACUUUCCACGUUGCCUACAAGUAACUACAGUUGCGCAUCAACACGCCUUCAUCCAUCCACCACUCGACAACACUAAACUACUCAACUACCACCACCACCACCAAACAACACAACUCAACAUGCCUUCCAUCGGUGGCUCUACUUCGCAAUUCCCUCCCUGCCCGGGACCUCCUCCCAAGGGCCCUCUGCCUCCUCUCCCCAAGUAAAUUACCUCGAGUAAUCUUGGACUUUCUGAUGAGAUUGACGACCGGCGAACUCGAGCGGUUCCUUGAAUCGUGACCCAACAUCGACACAAACCGACUCGAGACGCCUCAUGAGAUGGAGUUGCAUUCUUCAAGCAUGGAUACCACGAUUUCGUUUUCGAGAAUUUGCAAAUCUGCAAACCGGCAUUUUACUACUGGAUUUGACUACUGGAUUUUUUGAUCGCUUUUCUUUCUUUUUCUUGAACCACAUUAUAUCCUUUUAUUCGGCCUUUUUCGAUCAUAUCUCGGUUUUUAUCUUUUCUAUUCUCUUCACACCAAUCAUCCUGCGCAGCGACGUUCAUCGCGGGUGUUGUUUCUUUUCUCACUUCGAUUCUCCGAACAAGCGCUGGCGCAUUGUUCUCUCAUUCUGCGAUAACGCUUUGAUCUUGCGACAUCCACCGAAACCCGCCACUCUGGGACUAUCUCUACGAAGCAAGAGGACGAUCCGAUGCAAGCGACAAGCAUGAUAUCAAACAACGCACCGUCGCCGAAUCACAACCACCCGACUUCCCCACCCUAGCUCGGUCCCAUCGUCAUCACUUAUCUCUCACGACGGCCGUUUCCCAAGCACUCGGACGGGGCCUUGUCAGCAUUACUUCCAGGAUUUGAUUCCAACCCCGCAAAGCAAACACGGCUGUUGCUGUUGGCGAAACCCAAAAGACCAACCAGGGGCUUGGAUUUCCUUCUUCCCACGAGGCUUGGAUCGCGCGAUCGUCGGAUGUCAAAGCGUUAUGGGAUUAUGAUUUCUUUUUCCUACCUUUUUUUGACUAGGAGCUUUUUAAUCAUGGGGUUUGAUUUUCUUUUUUGUCUGUUUGGCUUUGAGGAUUGUGACUCAAGCCUGUACUAUUUUUCUUUCUUUUCUUUUCUUUUCUCUUAUCUUUCUUUUUUAUCUGAAGCAACGGCAUGUAUAAUAGACUUAAUAUACCCAACAGCAGCAGCAGCACCAGCAUAUGGCAUUCUUUUAUUCUAUUUGAAUUGAAACUUUGACCUAGUGUCAAUCAUUCUAUCAACAUAUUCUGUCCCAAAC